GCCCCGGCGAGCUCCUGGGGAGUGGUGGGGGGAAGGGAGGGGCAGGAAGGAGCGAACAUGGCGCGGCCAUGGUCGGCCCUGCCAUGUGCUCACCCGCCCCGCUCUGCCCGGGAACUGCCGCUCCUCUCGACAGAUCCCUUCCGUCCCGGGCCGCUGCUGCCUGCGGGGAGGGCAUAAAGGAAGGAUGGAGGGAGGCAGGAAGGCGGACGAGAGCAUACGCCAUCCCGGGCCGCUUCGAGGAGUCUGAGAGGCGAUGCGAUCCCGCGUCCCCCACCCUCCUCCUUCCCUUGGUAGCCGCAAACACCGGGCCGGGGCGGCUGCUGCUGCUGCUGCACGGAGAUGGCUCUGCCCCGUGCCGACCGCUGGGGCCUGAGCCUGCAGGCCAGGCCUGCGGGGAAUUCUGCAGGGGAAGGGGCAGCUGGGGAAGAUCCCCACGGCCCAGCACCGCCCUCGAGAUGCGUGUCUGUAGCUGUGGUUCUCAAACACGUAACCCGUUGCCCAGGAUUGUAUCCCAGGUCCUGGGGAAAGGCUGCAAAUUCCGAGACCGAUCUCAGAUUCUGAGUAGACAAAAGACAAAGGAAGACGCCAAAAGACUUGCUUCCUGAUCAGAGUGAGAUACAUUCCUGUAGCUCUGGUGAUACUCCUGGCAGACCACUUAAAAAUCAAGCCUUGCUUUAAUUCACGAGUGAGAUUCCACAUGCUGGUAGCACCCUUGGUACUACGUUAUUUCUUUCAGAAAGCUACUAUUAAUCCUCCUAACAGAAAAAAACCCGUUGUUUUGUUUGAAGGUCUCUGAGUUAUAACUAUUCCCAUUUAACUACCACUUUUUCAAUUUCCAGAUUAAGUGGCUAUGCUUGUGGGAUAGAGAAAAACUUGCCACGGUCUGAAGGAAAAGGUUGAUCGUAUCUUUUUCCUAUAUGAAGAUGGCAGAACAAUCUUUACAUGACCCAAGGUUUUAAAGUCAUUAUGUUGUUUUAGAAGUGACUCAGAGGUCACUUUUUGGUGACUUAAUUGCAGAAGUAAAUGUGUUGUUUCAAUCACAGGCCUGAUAGAGACCAAAAGAUGUUUUACUAAUUGAUGUGUGGUAACACCACUGUUCUGUGUCAGUCCAGAACUGAGGACUCGGUGAGAUAGAAGUCUUGAGGCACAGUUGCUGCUGUCAAAAGCAGCAGUGCUACCAACGAAUCCUAGUCUAACACCACUGCUCCUCUCAGUUCUCUCCUCCACCUCACCCAGACAGCAGAGAAAGCAUUCUUUAGUUCCUGAUUUGUUGGUUCUUGGCACUAUUUCUUACAAACCUGAGAACUCAUCUUAAAGCUGGGAAGAUAAAACUUUUUUUUCCUUACUUCUUUCAUUU